GCGACUGCCCGCGCCAGUCAGUCAGUGUUAGGGCAGACCUUCGAGCAAUCGCGACGCCACAUCUCGCUCUUUUCGAGGUCUCCGACAAUCACUUUUUUCGUCCCUUUCCUUCAAUUUCAAGUUUUCAUAGCAAAACUUACAACAAAAUCGGAGUGCUUUAAUCAACUUUUUUUAUCUUCAAUUUUAAUAAUGGAUCAACACGCCAACGGUGACCAAUACAAAAAGAAAAAACCUCUUCCUUUAGUUUGUAGAAAUUGGUCUGAGAGCUUUGAUGAUAUUGAAGUUCCUGGUACACCUAAAACACCCAGAACAUCAACAACACCAGGACACGAAAAGUGCACGUUUCACCACGAUUUAGAGUUAGAUCAUCGUCCCCCUACUCGAGAAGCUUUAAUUCCAGAUAUGGCAAGAUCCUACCGAUUAUUGUUGGGUUCUUUGGGGGAAAAUCCCGCGCGUCAGGGACUUUUGAAGACGCCGGAACGUGCGGCCAAGGCGAUGCUUUUCUUCACCAAAGGCUACGACCAGAGUCUGGAAGAGGUGCUCAAUGACGCGAUAUUCGAUGAAGAUCACGAUGAAAUGGUGGUGGUAAAGGAUAUUGAGAUGUUCUCGAUGUGCGAACACCAUCUCGUUCCGUUUUAUGGGAAAGUCUCCAUCGGGUAUUUACCGUGUGGUAAAAUUUUGGGGCUCAGUAAACUAGCUAGGAUUGUUGAAAUUUAUUCGCGACGAUUGCAAGUACAAGAAAGAUUAACUAAACAAAUCGCCGUUGCUGUUACUAAGGCUGUUCAACCGGCUGGAGUUGCUGUUGUAGUUGAAGGAGUUCAUAUGUGUAUGGUGAUGAGAGGUGUUCAAAAAAUAAAUAGUAAAACCGUUACUUCGACUAUGUUGGGUGUUUUUAGAGACGAUCCAAAAACAAGGGAAGAGUUUUUGAAUUUAGUACAUUCCAAGUAAAAAUAAAAAUUUACGUUAAAAAAAAUUGGUGUCUUGAACUUAGAAAUGAUGUAGUAAAUUAUAAAAAAAUAUUGAAAAAAAAAUUAGUUGUAGGUAAUAAAAUAAAAAACGGUGGACCAGAUUUUAAAUUAAUGUUGAAAUGUAUAUAAAAAAAAUAAAUAUUUAUCAGUGUUACCGAAUAAAUAUAAUAUAUACGUGUUCAUGUUUUAAGGAUAUAUUAUAGAAUAUAUUUAUUACGUAUUCUGUGAUAAACCGGGCGAUUUAUGAUAGUUUUAUAUACAACAUUCCACACAACAACAAAACAUUUCAAAAAAUUGCCAAACAUACAGGGAGUGCCGAAAGUAUUUUUUUAUACUUAUAUAUUUUUCAAAUUCUUAUUUCUAUAUGUCUAGACACAUUUUAAUAAUAGGAAAAUGUAUUUGAUUUUUUGAACAUAAUUUAUUGUGACAAUCUGUUGUAAUGUAUGGGACCUAAAUAUAAAUAAUACAAUCAA